AUGACUCACAAAGAGGGAGCAGGACACCCUUCAACGUCCACCACUGACGAGUAUAUUCAGCAAGCUUGCGAGAUGGUAACGGUGAACUGGCGAGUUAUCAUCGAUGAAGUAGCUCGUUCUCUGCAGAUUAAUCAUGGUUCUGCCUAUCAAAUCAUACAUUAUGAGCUUGGCUUCCAUAAAGCCUGUGCAAGAUGGGCGCCAAGAGAGCUUACCGCAGAGCAGAAGAGGAAAGGUCUUGAGGUCUGCUUAUUCGAUCGCUGCAACAAUGAGGGCGAGGAUUUUUUGAGCAGAAUAGUUACAGGAGAUGAAACUAUUAUCGAUCGGGUUACUAUUGCUUUUACCUACUCUGAAAUGAAUCUAGUAUUGAUGAAACUUAAAUAUUUAAAGUCUUAUUGCGUUGGAGAUUCUUAG